AACUGUGUAAACACGCUUUCUUGUGUAUUGUCUCAAUGUACAUAUCGUCACAUAAUAUUUAGGUACUUUUAGAUACUCAAAGUGAUCUUUGCUGUUAUUUCAAAUGGUGUAUUUCAAUACGUGCGACGAGUGCGUAAUAAUUGUAAAUAUAAUAAUUAUUAAUAUUAUUAUAUCACCCUUGUUGUCUAAAGGAAAUAUUGAUUGUUGUAUUUAAUCAACAUGGAGAUAAGGACCUUAGACACGAGUCAAUGGUGGAGAGACGGUGAAUUCUCAUUGGCUGUUAUUCUGAUAUUGGCAUAUUUGGCAUUUGUGCUCCUCAUUGGACCAGCGUACAUGAAGAAGCGACCAGCUUACAAACUGACUGGCCCUUUACUGAUCUACAAUGCUAUGCAAGUCUUCAUAUCGAUGUAUUUAAUCUUAUUUUGCUUGCGAGAAGUCUUGGAGACCGGCUUGUUGCCCAGAAAAUGUCACAUGUACAUUGAAGACCAUUGGAAAUUAGUUUACAUCGGCAACCGUCUAUACUUCUUCGCCAAAGUCUCCGAGCUUCUCGACACCGUCUUCUUCGUUCUCCGAAAGAAGAACAACCAGAUUUCCUUCCUCCACGUAUAUCACCACACUGGUAUGGUGGUCAGCUACUUCCCGUUCAAAUACCACCCCUCCCACGUGACCACUAUUAUACGGCUGGUGAACUCCGCCGUGCAUGUGGUCAUGUAUGGCUAUUAUACAUUAACGGCUAUGGGACCUGGAGUGGCGAAAUAUUUGACGUGGAAGAAGUAUAUUACUUCGUUGCAGUUGGUACAAUUCAUCUUCUUCAUAAUCUACUCCAUAGCUGCUGAUCUGGUGUCAGAGUGUCCGUUGUCCAUGGCACAUACAAUAUAUUUCGUGUCCAAUGUAGCAUUAAUGACUGUGCUCUUUGGACAGUUUUAUAGGCAGAGUUAUCUUAAGGGUAAAAGUAAUGGAAUUGUAAAAGUAAACUCUAGUUCAGUAAAGAAUAACUAAUAAUUAUGUAAAUUCUAGGCUAAGAAGACUGGUACACACUUCAGAAAGACAGUCAUAGAAUAAGCAAUUAUUAAGAACUAAAUGAGAAAGGACCUUCGCGUUCGCUUUUUUUUGCUCACUAUGAUAAUAUUACGUGUAAAGUUAUAAUUAGUAUUAAGUAGGUACUUCUACACUAAGUAAAAUAUCUAGGCACGAUUUACUUAUAAGUACUGUUUUUAAAGUAGGUUUUUCAGGUCAAAUACAAUUAAUUUAGGUAUCUAAGAAACUAGAGUCUGAACUCUUAGUGCGUUUUCACAUUAUCCGAUCCGAUAUCGGAUGUCGGAAGGACUUCAAAGGCCAAAAUCCAAGAUGGCGGCUUAAAUGUAUGGGAUAUCGGCCCGACAUCCGAUAUCAGAUCGGAAAGUGUGGAAACGGACUUAUUGUUAUCAAGUUUUAAAAAAAAUAUGUCAUUGUUUUGUUUUAGUUUUUUUAAGUAC